AUGAAGACCGAAAUGAAUAAGACGACAGUCUUUUUCAUUUUCACCAUUUCAUUGGUGGUGGGUCGUGAAGGAGUGCUAGCUUCGUCGGCCUCACGCGAACUGCGAUGCGGACGAAGACUGGUGUCAGGCUUGUUUUCGAGACCACGACUGCCUUUAGGCUAUUCACACGUGGCUACGGUACCACGCGGUGCGUGUCGCCUCAACGUCUCGGAAAUUGUCACAAGUGACAAUUACAUUGCGUUAAAAGUUACAAAUGGUUCAUACAUAAUGAACGGGGAAUUCGCCGUCAGUGCUCCUGGGACUUAUGAAGCGGCUGGGGCCCGUUUUUUAUAUACGCGGAAUGCGGGUCUAGAUAACGUAUUCGCACUUGGACCAAUACAACAUCCAAUCGAUAUAAUGAUAUUGUAUACGCAACCGAAUCCGAACAUAAAAUACGAGUUUCUAACUGACACAGAUGUUGAGGAAAGUAACGAUAUACCUUUAAGCAAUCAACAGCAUCACACUAUGACGCGACACCAUCGACACCAUAAUGCUGAGUUGCAUAAAAAGGAUCUCCAACAUUCAAAAUUGGAUACUUCACCGACGAAGCGUCCAGAUUUUAAAACACUGGAGAGCCAGUCGCAGAUAGAAAGUAAUGUGAUAGGAGAAAGGAAAUUUGUAUGGAAGAUAUUAGCAUUUUCGCAAUGCUCUAGGAGUUGUGGUGGUGGACUUCAAAUAGGAAAGUUCAAAUGUGUGGAAAUAUCUGGGAAAGGGGAGAAAGAAGUAUCAUCAGCGUAUUGUUCUGGAUCACCUCCUCCGACUCGUCGGCGGAGAUGUGGAGGUGCUCCGUGCCCUCCUAGAUGGAGAGCGGCGGCUUGGGGACCCUGUCCUGUUUGUGGACCUGCACAGAGAACAAGGAUCGUUGGCUGCGUCCAAGAUCACGCCAGAGGAAUAACGAAGAUAAGUGAUCAGAAGUGUCCCCUCCCAAUGCCUGCUAGCAGUGAACCGUGCAAUAUACCUAAUUGUGAUGGUUCAACAGUAGCGGAAGACUCUCCCAGGCUAGAUACCAGACGACAAGUCCGGCCCAAAGAACGUACGGAUGCAUUUCACGAUGGUCCUGUCAUAUCUUUGGCCAAUAAUUUCACGGAUAAUGAAUUGGCACCAGCUAUGACACCCAGCUACAAUUUCAAUGCAGCUGGUGGGUGGUUGUACACGGAAUGGUCUGAGUGUGUGGGCUGGUGUUUUGGAGGUGGGGUGCAGUCGCGAGGGGUCCGCUGCGCUGAGCCAUCAGGUUGCGCAUCACGCGCGCCUAUAUCCACGCAGUCUUGCACGCCACGAAAGCAGUGCGACGCACAAUGGUUCACUAGUGAAUGGUCACCGUGCUCAGCAUCUUGCGACGGUAGACAAGUUCGUGGGGUUAUAUGUGUAGGAGGUAAUGGUAGAAGACUAAGAGACAAUUCUUGUCGAUCAUCAAAGCCGGAAACAGAGAGAUCUUGCGGAGGAUCUUGCGCUCCAUCGUGGUAUUUGAGCGACUGGAGUCAGUGUGAAGGUCCCUGUGAAGCUGGUAUACAAUCACGGACAGUAUGGUGUGCUCGGGGAGGUGAAGCGGGUGCGGGGGGAGCGGCACGGGAUAAUGAAUGUCCCGGUGUGAGGCCUCCAGCUAAACGCACCUGUGUACCUCCACGGUGCUCCACUAAGCCAAUAGUCAAACCUGCUGCUAUUCCACCGUCUGGAUCUGACCCACAGCAGCGAGUCACGAGACACCAAAGCCAUAAUACUCUAAAUAGCAGAGAAAGAACUCCAAAUGGAUCUUGCAUAGAUAAGCUAAAUAACUGCGUGCUGGCGGUUCAGGCGAGGCUGUGCCACUACGCAUACUACGCUGAAUAUUGCUGCCGCGCAUGCCAUGGCAGAGCAUAA